AUGGACGCAUCGGAGAGCGCACAGGAGCUGCAGGUGCAAACGCAGGAGGUGACAAUGGAGGGGGAGACGCCGUCGCGGCAGGUGCGCGCGACGGUGGUUCAGGCGGCUACAGUGAUGUACAACACGCCUGCCACGCUGGACAAAGGUGAUUACUGCCACGCUGGACAAAGCCGAGCGACUAUUGGCAGAGGCGGUGCAGCUGGGCAGUCAGUUGGUGGUGUUCCCAGAGGCGUUCAUCGGCGGCUAUCCCAAAGGGGCAGCUUUCGCGUGCUCUCCGAGAGACUGUUGGCAGAGGCGGCGCAGUUGGGCAGUCAGUUGGUGGUGUUCCCAGAGGCGUUCAUCGGCGGCUAUCCCAGGGGGGCCAGCUUCGGUGUGCUGGUGGGGUCACGCACGGACCGAGGCCGGGACGAGUUCAGACGCUACCAUGCCUCCGCCAUUGAUGUGCCGGGUCCCGAGGUGGCCCGCUUAACAGCAGCAGCAGCCAAGUAUGGAGUGCUUGUCGUCAUGGGGGCAAUCGAGCGGGCGGGCGGCACUCUCUACUGUUCCGUACUGUUCAUCGACCCGCGCCUGGGGCUGGUCGGGCGGCACAGGAAGACAGUGCCGACCGCUUUGGAGCGUGUGAUAUGGGGGUGCGGCGACGGUAGCACGGCGGCAACGGUGGUGGACGCUGGGGGGGUGGGGCGGGUGGGCGCUGCAGUGUGCUGGGAGAAUCGCAUGCCCAUGGUUCGCAUGGCGCUGUAUGGGAAAGGAGUGGAGCUUUACUGUGCCCCCACGGCAGAUUCACGUGAUUCCUGGCAAGCCACCGUGCAGCACAUCGCACUUGAGGGCGGCUGCUUCGUCCUCUCUGCCAACCAGUUCUGCGUGCGCUCCGACUACCCGCCACCCCCCGAUUUCGUCUUUUCCGCGUCCGGGCGGCUGGAUGCAGACGAGCCGCCGCCGUCCGCCGUGGUGUGCCGGGGCGGCAGUGUGAUAGUGUCUCCUCUGGGCCGGUUGCUGGCUGGCCCAAACUAUGAUGGGCAGGCAUUGCUCACGGCUGACCUGGACAUGGGUGACAUUAUACGAGCCAAGUUUGACUUUGAUGUCACGGGGCACUACGCACGGCCAGACAUAUUUUCACUGCGCGUUAAAGAGCUAGCCACCACCCACAGCCACCAGGCACAGCCACCCACCUUCUCCCACCUGUGCCCCAGGCAAUCAUCCACUUUCCCCCCUAGACCUGCCCUAACACCUGCCAACCCUCUUUGCCGGCGUGGCUUGCAGCUGGGCCAUCCAUCAGAGAAUUCCAUCACAGGCCCAUCCAUCACCCGUCCUCAGCACCGCCCUACCAUUCCGUAA